AUGCUGAACGAGCUGAUCUCGCCAGCGAUCCGUCGGUUCUGCGUGCCCGACCCGUCGGCGUCGAGCUCGCCGACGAUCCUCCGCGCCAUGGCGGAGUUCUCGGGGUCCCACCCCACGAAAUCGGCCCUGUUGACCUCGUCGUUCCCAGGACCUGGGAUCCAGACGAGCCUGUCGGAAUUCGCCUCCAGGAAAGCCUGGGUGAUGGUCACCUCGGCCUUCUUCUCGUCCUCCAGCCACGGCCGCUCUAUCGACCACAGCGGCAAGACCUCCCUCCUGACCGAGUGGACGGACAUCGGCACCGGGUUGUCCUUCAGGUGCUCCUCCAGGAAGAAGAGGAAGUCCAGCUCGUAG